CAACAACCUCAGCAACAACAACCUCAGCAACAACAACCUCAACAACCUCAACAACCUCAGCAACAACAACCUCAACAACAACAACAAUACAACCAAACUAAACAGCAACAACAGCAACAACAGCAACAAUACGAUUACUACAAUCAAUUUCAACAAUCUCAAUAUCCUCAACAAGGAUCUCAAACUUUGCCAGGUGCGCAAUUUGGUGUUUAUCCUGGUAUGGACUAUUCCGCUUAUAACCAACAAGCUGCAGCUGUCAUUAGCUCUCCUGCCGCUUCUCCAGCAGCUACUGCUAACUUUGCUCAAUACUCUAGUGCUGCUUCCCAACCAGCUUCAAGUGGUGCUCAAGAAGGUAAUGUUGCAUCUCAAUCUCCAAUAACUUCUCAAAUUAACCCAAAUACUUUACAACAACAAGUUCCAGCUGCUCCAUUUGGUUACCCAUACUACAACUAUUACUACAACACCCCAUUCUACGGUAAUGGUGCUGGAUUAGGUGCCCAAGGUGGAUUUGGUAAUGUUGCUGCCACUCAAGGUACCCCAACAUCCAACUCUAAUUCAACCCCAAACAAUGGUGUUAAUAGUGGUUUUAUGGGUGUCGGUAACACCGGUGCUUCUCAAUACUAUGGACAACCAAACCAAUUUGGUAACAGAUAUCCAGGCUACAAUUCAUACCCUCAACCAGGUCAAGCCCAAUCUGCCCAAUCUGGAAACCCAUCGAACAACCAAAGUGGCUCUGUCCCAGCUUCCCAAGGAGACGCUAAUGAUUCUACCAGUGCUAGCAACCAAGCUGGUAACCAACAAUCCCAAAUCCCACAACAAUCUCAACAACCACAACAGCCAGUUAUCCCUCAAUACGGUGGUUAUCAACAAUAUCCUCAAUACGGUGGUUAUCAAGAUAGCAACCAAUAUCGUGGCUGGUAUUAG